GCCUGCACCCUUUGUUCCCCAUUUCUUAUACCUCUCUGGUUUGCCUUGCCUUUUCUCCUCAUAUUUCCUCAGCAGCUAUGACCAGCCUGAAGGAAAUCUGUCGUGGCCUUCCUCUAAACCCUUUGCCUGAAAACAGAGGUCGAAGGAAAGGAAUACCCCAUGCACCCGUGAGAACCCCUAAUCUCACUGCUCAGGAGAAAAAGCUGGCUUUGCGCAAUGCCUUGCGUUAUUUCCCACCUGAAACACAAAAGAAGCUGGCACUGGAAUUUGCUGAAGAACUCAGGCUGUAUGGCCAUAUUUACAUGUACAGAUUUUUUCCAGAUAUUGAGAUGAGAGCGUAUCCCAUAGGAGAAUACCCUUGCAAGACCAAAUCAGCUGCUGCCAUUAUGCUGAUGAUCAUGAAUAAUCUGGAUCCGUCAGUGGCUCAGUUUCCCCAGGAGCUUGUCACUUAUGGAGGAAAUGGGCAGGUCUUCAGCAAUUGGGCACAGUUCUGGUUGGUAAUGCACUAUUUGUCAGAGAUGACUGAAGAGCAAACACUAGUAAUGUACAGUGGACAUCCUCUGGGACUAAGCCAUAAGUAUGCUCCUCGAUUAAUCAUUACUAAUGGCAUGGUUAUUCCCAACUAUUCCACCAGAGAUGAAUAUGAGAAGAUGUUUGCUUUGGGAGUAACAAUGUAUGGUCAGAUGACAGCAGGGAGCUACUGCUACAUUGGGCCUCAGGGAAUAGUCCAUGGGACUGUGCUCACAGUGCUCAAUGCAGGCCGUCGCUACUUGAAGGCAGAAGACUUGUCUGGAAAGGUGUUUGUUACUUCUGGUCUUGGAGGGAUGAGUGGGGCUCAAGCAAAGGCUGCAGCCAUUGCUGGGUGUGUGGGGGUCAUUGCAGAGGUUGAUGAAGCAGCACUUUUGAAACGUCACAAGCAGGGAUGGCUGAUGGAAAUCUCUAACAACCUGGACCAUUGCAUUGCUCGUCUUAGAGAUGCAAGAAAGAAUAAAAUUGCCCUUAGUUUGGGUUACCAUGGGAAUGUAGUAGAUCUAUGGGAGAGGCUCGUAUAUGAGCUGGACACAACAGGAGAGCUGCUAGUUGAUCUGGGGUCUGACCAAACUUCGUGUCAUAACCCAUUCAGUGGUGGAUACUAUCCAGUACAGCUUGGCUUUGAGGAAGCAAAGCAGCUCCUUUCCACCAAUCCGGGGAAGUUCCGGACCCUGGUACAAGAGAGUCUGAAGAGACAUGUGGCUGCUAUUAACAGACUAGCUGAUAAGGGCAUGUUUUUUUGGGAUUAUGGCAAUGCUUUUCUCUUGGAAGCUCAAAGGGCUGGUGCUGAUGUUGAGAAAAGAGGAGCCAAUAAAACAGAAUUUCGAUAUCCUUCCUACGUUCAGCACAUCAUGGGAGACAUUUUUUCCCUGGGAUUUGGGCCAUUCCGCUGGGUUUGUACCUCAAGUGACCCACAGGAUCUUGCUACCACUGACUCAAUUGCCAUGUCUGUGCUGGAAGACUCUAUACGUCAGGGAGUGAGCACAUCUGUGAAGCAGCAGUACCAUGACAACAUCCGCUGGAUUCGGGAGGCUGGCAGGCACAGCUUGGUUGUUGGCUCUCAAGCUAGAAUCUUAUAUUCUGAUCAGAGGGGUCGUGUGUCUAUAGCCAUGGCUAUUAAUCGAGCGAUUUCUGAAGGAAGGAUUAAGGCUCCAGUAGUCCUCAGCAGAGAUCACCAUGAUGUGAGUGGGACCGACAGUCCUUACAGAGAAACGUCAAACAUUUAUGAUGGAUCAGCAUUUUGCGCAGACAUGGCGGUACAAAAUUUUGUAGGAGAUGCGUUCAGAGGAGCAACUUGGGUCGCAUUGCACAACGGUGGUGGAGUUGGCUGGGGUGAAGUGAUCAAUGGAGGAUUUGGCCUGGUUUUGGAUGGGUCCACAGAAGCUGAAGAACGGGCUAAGAUGAUGCUCAGCUGGGAUGUUUCCAAUGGAGUCGCCAGACGCUGCUGGUCGGGUAAUGACUAUGCUUAUGAAACAAUCUGCCAAGCAAUGAAAGAGAAUGCCACACUGAAGGUGACUCUCCCUCACAAGGUGGUGGACGAGAACAUCUUGGAGGAAGCCCUGAAACAUUAG